UCCGACCGUUACGGACGCGUUUCGGUUCGGGUGCUCUUCAUUGUAUAUUUUUGAAAGUGUUGCCGACUUUGACUGUGCAUUGUAUUACACAGAUGCGUGUCCGCGGUUGAGCUCGUCUCGAUAGUUCAUCAUUUUGCACCUUUUGACUACCUGGGCUCUCGUGACGCGCGUUAUUGUGGCGUGACGACGCCAUAGACGCAGGCACCCGGGGACCGGUCGAGCAACGCCAUUCUCGCGGUCAUUGCAUCACCCGUUUUGGUUUUACAUUUAUCUUUUGACGCAUAUAAUUUAUCUUUUGGUACGACUGGCCACGUUUAUCCGGUUUCACGGAACCUGGGCCACCCAAAUUUAGAAGAAGAAUUCUGUGAAUCUGAUAACAGAGUAUCUUGUAUCAGUUACAUGUAUUCAUAAAAAAUUUGAUCACGUUCAAUUGGUCGUCUUGACAGCAGGUUGAUAAAAUCAAGUGGCUAGUGUAUAUCUGCAAGAAGACUUACAGUAGAAAUUUACUACAAGCAAAGAAAAAAUUGAAGCACAAUGAAGAUGACGGCAGUUCUGGCUAAGCACACUCUUCACAGUGGAAUUUUUCAUCCUGUACUACGAGAAUGGCAGUCACCAAAUAUUGAGAUCACUGUUAAUAAUCUUAUGUAUCCGAUAUUUAUUUCGGAUAUAGAAAAUACUAAAGAUCCUAUUAAUAGCAUGCCUGGUGUAUAUCGUUAUGGAAUUAAUCAGUUAGAAAAGAUGUUACAGCCUUUGGUUGCAAAAGGUUUAAAGUCUGUUUUAUUAUUUGGUGUAACACAAUAUCUUGAAAAGGAUGAGAUUGGAAGCAAUGCUGACAGUGCAAGGAAUCCUAUUAUUCAAGCUCUACCAUUAUUGCGUGAAAAGUUUCCUAAUCUAUUAAUAGCAUGUGAUGUUUGUUUAUGUCCAUAUACAAAUCAUGGACACUGUGGUAUUCUCAACAGUGAUGGUAGCCUAAAUAAUGCAAAUAGUAUCCAACGGAUUGCUGAAGUUGCUGUGUCGUACGCAAAAGCUGGCGCGCAAAUUGUUGCGCCAUCUGAUAUGAUGGAUGGUAGAAUUAGUGCAAUAAAGCAAGGUCUAGCUGCUGCUGGAUUUUCUAAUAAAGUAGCAGUUUUAUCUUAUGCUAUAAAAUUUGCAUCAGGACUUUACGGUCCUUUCCGAGACGCAUCGCAAUCUGCACCAAAAUUCGGCGAUCGCAAGUGCUAUCAGUUGCCUCCUGGAAGCAAUGGAUUAGCAGCCAGAGCUGCUGCAAGAGACGUGAAUGAGGGAGCGGAUAUGCUGAUGGUGAAACCAGGACUGCCUUAUUUGGAUGUGGUGCGACAUACAAAGGAUGCACAUCCAGAAUAUCCUUUAUUUAUAUAUCAAGUAUCCGGCGAAUACGCUAUGCUGCAUCACGGUGCACAAAAUGGUGCAAUUAACUUAGAGAAUGUACUCAAUGAGAUAUUGCUUUCUAUGAGAAGAGCAGGCGCUGAUUGCAUCAUAACAUACUUUACGCCAUUACUUUUGGAUAUGUUGCAACGGAAAAGCAAAUUAUAAUUAGUUGCAAUUAGAAAUUAGCAUAAAGUAAGAAAAUUAAUUGUACAAUUCAAAUGACAUAUAUGUAAAAAUUGUAUUAAUU